GCUGGUUGGAAGUUUUAAAGCAUCCGCGCGACCAGAACCGCAUUAAAAUGCCUUGAUUUGCUUUAAUGUUACACGCUCGCGCUGUCCACCAGGUUGCGCUUACUUUUCUUUUCUUUCCACCAAAAGCUCACGGUUCGUGUUUGUUUUAUUUUCAAGUAGCUGUUGUGUGAGCCGUAACCUAGCAGCAGCAGCAGCCAGAGCUUGACAACAUGGACCUUUCAGGAUAAAUGUUUGCUGCUACUCUACCCCACCUGUGUACCUCAGGUUUGCUUCCGUCAAGUCUGACAUGCCCUACUGAAUUCAACUAAGUGCUUUGAAUACGUCUUUAAAUCAAGGCUUUGGAAUAUAAAUGCUGUACGGUUCAUUCUUAACAAUGAGUAGAGUUGUUUUUGUUUCCCUAUAUAAUGCCACUGAAAACCGUAAUAAUGUAUUAUUGACGAUAAUAAUCAAGUGGAGGCGCUCUGUCGCAGUAAGCUUACUAACUACAUUAAUUAACCGAAUCUGUAAAAACAUCCCUUGUUCAAAAUGCCGCCGUCUGGUCUCAUAUGGGAUAAAGUGUUGAAAAUUGAUCCAAAGACUCUUGAUGAAUGUGAAAAAGACGAACUGGAUGAAGUCUUCCACAUUUUUGUUGCGACAAAAGAAUGGGAGGUGAAGGAUAAAGCCAAGGAGAACAUUAUCCGUGUCCUCCAAGUGGGUCAGGCCCUGCUAAAGAUGAAAGAGCGCGAGGUUAAGCUCCAUGAAAGCUUCAUCGACGAUAUCGGUGUACAGCACGUCAAAACCGAAAAUGAACUUCGUACAAAAGUGUCCAGGCUGGAACAAGAGCGCAAGCAGCUCGGCACUGGGCCAGAUAGCCGCUUUCUUAGGGAUGAGAUUCGGCAGCUCGAGGCCCAGCUGGAGCAACGGGAGAAGGAAUUGACCCAGUUAAGCAAAGACAUGGGCAAGGAGAAGAAAACCAAUGAAGAGCUGAUUGUGCGACUGGAGGAGGCUGAGGACGAAGUGAAAAAGUUAAAAAGAGAGAACGAGCAGUUCCAGCAGGACGUGGAGUUCUACCGUGGAGAGCUGGAGCAGAAGGAGCCGCUCACCUCCAGAGACGACGGCGCUGAGAUUCAGAGGAAGCUCAGCCUGGCCAACCGACAGCUCUAUCAGUGCCUGGACGACCUGCAGCGAGCAGAGGAUGAAAACGCACACCUGAAGACACAGAACGUGCAGCUGCAGAGAAGCCUGGAGGAGUCUGUGAAAGAGAUGGAGAAGAUGACAGAUGAGUACAACAAGAUGAAGAUCGUUGUGCAGCAGACUGACUCAAUUAUGGACCAGCUCAGGAAAGAAAGGGAUCACACGAAGCUUCAAGUUAGAGAGCUGACAGAAAAGAUUCAAAGCAUGACUGAAGAGAAUGACCCAAUCAUGGCAGCUGUCAAUGCCAAAGUAGAGGAGUGGAAGAAAGUGCUGUCUGGGAAGGAUGAAGAAAUCUUGGUGUACCAGCAAAUGAUCCGUGAGCUGAGGGAAAAGCUGCGCUCUGCCCAGCUGGACUUGGACAAAAGCAACAUAAUUGCCCUGCAGCAGGCCAUCCAGGAGCGAGAUAAUCAGAUCAAGACGCUGAGCGAGCAGGUGGAGCAGUAUACAGGAGAGAUGGAAAAGCACGCUCAGCUCAUAGAGGAGCUGAAGAUGUCUUCAAACAAAGACAGAGGUGCUCCUUCGACGUUACAGCAGAAGAAGAUGGAGGAGCUGCAGUCCAAAUUGAAAGUCGCGGAGGCCAGAGCGAUGGAAGCAGAGCGGGCCUUCAGACAGGCAGAAUCGCAUGCUGAGGAAAAAGACAAAGCCUUUAUUGAGGCGUCAAAUCGCCUGAGCCAGUACGAGUCUGGCACUUACGGCCUGGAAGCAGCCAUUGCCGAGAUCAAAGAGUGUAACAAUCAAAUUAGAAUGAGAGAUCGUGAGGCAGAGGCCAUGACCAAAGAGAUCAACCAGCUCGAGCUGAGAAUCAAUGACCUCAUGGAUGAAAACGAGGAGUUCCGGGAAAAACUAGGUCUGGAGCCGAAGCAGGAAGUGGAUCUGACAGAAUUCAGGCGCGCCAGGGAUCUCAGGCAGCGCCAGUACAAAGCAGAAAACCAGGUUCUUGCCAAAGAGAUUGAGCGACUGGAAGAAGAGCGGCUGGAGUUGAAGAAACAAAUCAGGCGCAUGGUGAAAGAAAAAGCUGUGCCUACUGGAAUCCCACAGUCAAGUGUGCAGCUGGAGGAAGAUGUCUGGUCCAGCAGAAAAGAAGAGGCACAAGGAAGAAUUUACACUGACGACGAGAUCAGACGAAAGAAUGAAUACCUAGAGAAAGAACUGAGCAGCAAGAAGAGGGAACUGGAACUUCACAAGUCCGAUUUUCAGGCUCAACUGGCAGACCUGUCCAAAGCAAAGCGAGACUUGGAGGCUACCCUGAAAGAUGUUCUUCAGGCCAUGAGGACUAGUCAACAGACCGGUUCUGAUUCUGUCACUGCUAGCAGUAUGAAAAGCUUGUCUAAUGCUUUAGAUGUGAGCAGCCUAGGUGGGCAACUCGAGACUGGCCUCAACUCUCAAAUCCAUCGGCUGGUGGGCCGAAACGAAGAGCUGAGGCAGGAACUGAAAUUGGCUCGCGAGGAGGCGAGCAGCAGCUUCAGUGACUUCAUCAGAGCCAAAGAGAAGGUGAGCCAUCUCCAAAAUGAGCUGGAGCUGCUCAGGAAGUCAGGCGGAGGUGGAGUCCUCCCUCGACCUCUGACCCUUCCCGAAGGCCUGGGCCCCAGCAGCACUGAGGUCAUUAGCUCCUUGAACGAGUACGCUGUUCGACUGCUUCAGGAGCUGAAAAACAGGGAGGAAAAAGGCAAGAAACUUUUAGAAACCCUGGAAGAAUACAAAGAGAAGUUUUCUGUCAUAAGCCAUCAACAAGGACUCCUCUAUAAGGAAUAUUUAAGUGAAAAGGCAGAGUGGCAACAAGAGAAGGAGACUUUCACAGACACGAAGAACAAGCUGGAUGAGCAAAAGCAGGUGGACGAUGUGAAAAUUCAACAGUUCAACGAGCUGCUGGACACACUUCACAGAGACCCCGAGGAAAUCAGGAGGCAGCUGAGCGAGGCGUUCCGCAAGCUAACCGUGCUGAGGGUCAACGAGAAGAAACUGUCGCGCCGCUACUCCACUCUGCUGGAACGGGAGCAGCUCCUCCGCAAGGAAAACGGCAAGCUGAGGGACGAGAGCAGCCGCAUGCAGGCCUCUGUCCUCCAGAGGAUGGGCUACCUGCAGAGGUACAAGGAAAUGGCUGCCUAUAAGAUAACAGCCCUGCAGAAGACCUUGGAUGGCAGCGUGCCUGCAUCAGAACUUGAGAGAGCCAAUAAGCAGUACACCGAGCUAACAGUCAAAUACAGAGAUGUGCUCCAGAAGGACAGCCUACUUGUGCAGAAAACAUCCAGCCUCCAACAUUUAGAGAGCGAGAACGAGUCUCUACGGGAACAAAUCUCUGCCGUCAAGAAGGAGCUGGAGAUCACGAAAGAGAAACUCAACACGUUGGAGCAAGCAUGGGAGACCGUCGGUUCAGUCGGCUCUGAAACUGUCCUAGCUGAGGGAGACAGGGCAUCGAUCAACAGCGAGGCGAUAUCCGCUGCGAGGCGGAUCACAGCUUUAGAGAUGAAGGAGCUGAACGAGAGGCAGAGGGCCGAGCAUGCCCACAGAAUGUACGAACACAUGAGGAACUCCCUGAGACAAGUGGAGGAGCGCAACACGGAGCUGGAAUCCAAGUUCUCAGAGCUGACCAAGAUGAAUGCGGAGGCCCAGCGGGUCGAGCGGGAGCUUAGAGAUAUGCUGGUGGACACCAGCAGCAAAGCCGCCAGCGACGCCGACAAGGCCAGGAUCACAGAGCUGGAGAAGGCCGAGGCCGAGCUGCGCCUCGAGGUCUCCAAGCUGCAAGAAGUCUCAGACGUGGCUUUGUCUCAGGUCUCCGCUCUGCAGGCCCGACACAAGUCCAAAGACAUCGAAGUCGAGGCUUUAAGGAGACAAAUACUGGAUUACCAGUCUCAGUCGGAUGAGAAGGCUCUGAUUGCAAAGCUCCACCAACACAUGGUGGCGCUGCAGCUCAGUGAGUCGGCGGCUCUGGGGAAGCUGGAGGCCGCCGCCUCUCACAUACAGCGGCUGGAGGCCAACAUGCUGCGUGCCGAGCAGCGGCUGGACGCCAGCGAGCGAGCGCUCUUCCUCGCCCGCCAGGAGGGCCGCCACCGCGCCACACACCUCCGCCAGACCGUCCAGGCGCUCCGCAGGCAGUUCGCCGGGGCGCUGCCCCUCCGGCAGCAGGAGAAGUUCUCUCUGGCCAUGCUGAAGCUCCAGGAGGACCGAGCCAAAGCCCAGGAGGAGAGAAGGGCAGCUGAGAAGGAGAGGCGGAGGGCAGAGGGAAGAGCUCAGGAGCUGGAGGUGAGACUGGAAGGCCUGGAGGAGCUCAUCUCUACUCUGAAGGACGUGAAGGGCGCCCACAAGGUAAUGGAGUGGCACAAGAGGAUGGAGGAGGCCCGCCUCCAGGAGCUGAGGAAAGGGAGGGAGCUGGUGGUCCAGAAGGAGGAGAUCAGCUACCUGAAGAAGCUGGUGGAGGAGCAGGACCGCACAGUCCGCUCGCUGGAGGAGGACAUUGUCCAGCUCAACUCUCUUCAGGAAGAGCGUCAGCUGGCGUGGGACCAGCGGGAGGUGGAGCUGGAGCGCCAGCUGGACCGCUAUGAGAAGCAGCACACCGAGAUUCUCAACAGCGCUGAGAAGGUUAAGGAAGAGGAAAGGCCGCUCCCAGACCCAGCGCUGCCUCUGGCUCAUCAGUUAGAGUUUGCUUUGGGUAAAAUCAAAGAGCAGGUUCGCACCAUCUUGGAGCUUCAGGGAACAUGCAAAAGUUUGGACAAGAAACUGAAAGAGAGCGAAGUGGCUCUGUUGAAAGCAGAGCAGAACAUUGUGUCGAGGGACAAGGUGAUCAACGAGCUGCGUCUCCGGCUCCCGGCGGCCGCCGACCGCGAGCAUCUGCUUGCUGACCUCAGAAAGAACGAAGAGGACCAGCCGAGCAGUCAGGCUUCCCUCAAGCUGGCGCACCAGACCAUCAAAGAUCUCCAAAGUCGACUCGACAAGAAGGAGGAUGUGCUGAAGAAAUACCAAAACCAGAUGGCUCAGGCCAGACAGGAUCAAGAGGAGAUGAUAAAAAGACAUCAGGAAGAGUUGAGAAUAUUACAUCAGAAGCUGGACUUGCACACAGACACCUCUCUGGAUCAGUUCAAACAGACAGCAAUGGAGUUGAUGAAGAAGCCCGCUAUCAGAGUGCCAACACCUAAACACCUGGAGCGCCUGGCUGAGUUGGAGCAGACGGUGGCUGAGCAGGAUGCGUCACUCAGCUCUGUCACAGAGAAGCUGAAGCUGACCGCAGCCGAGCUGGAGCAGCACCGGAUCGCCAUGGAGAUGCAGGCUAAGAAACAUGCUGAGGAGAUGGCAAAGCUGGAGGAGAACUACGUUGCCCAGGUGAAGGCUCUGAGCGGUGAGGUGGAGGACAGGAGCAGCCAGCUGGCUCAGAUGGAGAAGGAGAUGAGCUUCCUGCGCUCAGAGCUGGAAGCACAGAAGGAGGCCAAUGUUCGCUCCCCGAGCAACACCAUGAAAAACCUGGUGGAACGCCUCAAAGCACAACUCACUCAGAAGGAGAAACAGCUCAAGGCUCUCAGCAAGGCUCUGUUGGAGCUGCGGGCCGAGAUGACGUCAGCUGCAGAGCAGCAAGUCAUAGCUAACGCUGCCCAGAAAGAGCAGAGUCUCAAUGUUCAGGUGCUGGUGGACAAACACACCAAAGACCUGAAGACACGGGUACAGGAACUGAACGAAGAACUUCAAGCUGCGAAGGAUUCGGCCAAAGCAGCCAGGAGCAGAGAGAACGUUCUGAAAGAGGAGGUCGAAGGACUAAACCAAGACUUCCAGAGAUAUCAAAGAACUCAGAGACGACUGCAGGCCGAAAAAGCAGAGAGAGAGCAAGAAGUGGUGGAGCUCAAGCAGCAAGUAAAGAGGCUCACCAGCACCAUGCAGAAUCAGACAGAGGCAGAUGGGAAAGGAGCCAUCAUAGAGAAUCUGCAGAAGAAGAUCAGGAGGCUGGAGUCAGACCUGGAGAAACGGAACGACGUAAAAAACACCAAAGAUGAUCAUGGGAAGACCAAAGAUGAAAUUGUUCGGUGGGAGGAGAGCAAAAGAUGGCAGGCUAGAAUGGAAAAAGUGAAGAAUUCCCUGAAGGAGAAGGAACGAGAUAACGAAUCGUUGUCGAAGCAACUCGCCACUCUUAAAGAUCUUUAUGGCAGAUUGGAGCAGGAGAAGGCUGCGCUGCAGAAAAAGCUGAAAGCUCGAGGUGUGACCGCCGACCAGGUGGUGGGGGUACGAGCCAAUGACAUGGAAAGGCAGAUAGAGGAGUUGAAGAAGAAGAAUUCUGAGCUGGAAACCCAGAUUGUAACCAUAAAACAGCAGCAGGCCUUGCCUCGUGAUGAUGCCAUGGAGAACCUUAUGUCAAAGAACCAACUUCUAGAGGAGAGACUCCACUCCUUAGAGAGGCAGAUAUCCAAGGAACCCCCUUCUAGACCCUCGACUUCGGGACGCGGGACCGGGACUCCAUCACAGAGAGAUCAGGACAUCUCAAAGGAAAACCUCAAGCUGGCCUCAGAGAACUUGGAGCUGCGCCUCCAACUGGAGCAGGCCAACCAAGACUUACCCAGGCUGAAGAAUCAGAUUGCAGACCUAAGGGAGAUGUGUACGGCUCUGAAACAGGAGAGAGCGGAGGCCGAGAAGAAGCUGGCACACCUACGGGGAGCUGGUUACAGCGGCAAAACGGUCCCUGAGCUGGAGAAGACCAUUGGUCUGAUGAAGAAGGUGGUGGAGAGGGUGCAGAGGGAGAACGAGGCGCUGAAGAAAUCCAGCAGCCGUGCAGAGCAAGACAGAGUUGCCGCUUUGGAGAAGGAAAAUGAAAAGUUGAAGGCUGACUAUGAGAAGCUGAAACAUCGAAGCGAAGCUGAGCUGAGCGCAAAACUGGAAUCCAAAACCAAAGGACUGGAGAGGAUCGUGGUGGAAAACGAGCGCCUCCGCAGAGAGAUCAAAAGGGAAGUGGAGGCGGCGGAGAAGCUGAGAGUGAGCAGGACGAGUCUGGAGGCGUCCAAUGAGAAGCUGGAGUCUGAGCUGGAGGAAACCAGGCAGAGGCUGCGAGCAGCUCUGUCCAAAGCUGCCGCUGUGGGGCCCGAAGGCAAAGCUUCCAGGGCCACUGUCAUCGUGUGUUCAACUUGCAGGAUGUUUGAGAACAAGAUGAAGGAGUUGGAGGAGCAGCUCUCCCAGAAGACCUCCAGCGUGUCGGAGCUCAAGCAGCAGCUCAAAGAGGCCAAGGGGCGCGAGGAGUGGGCCGAGACGCGGGCAAGGCAGCUCCAAGAUCAGGUUGACUUGUUACAAAAGUUUCCAGCAGCUCCAAAGACUAAUGUGGGGAGCUCCAAGGAUCUUCAAGCAGUCAGACUGGAGAGCGCCGAGCCAGAGAGGACAACCGUGGAGCCGAAACAGAAGCUGAAUGACGACCCGGAGCAGGAUGCUGGAGUUUCUCCAGAACCUGGACAUGGGAACCUGAAAAGACUCCUACAAGCUGCCGAAAGCCAGAAAUCUAAACUCCAAGCAGAGGUGAGAAAGCUAAGGAAGGAGCUGGGGAACUUCGACCCGAACUUUUUCGAAGAGCUGGAGGAUUUGAAAUACAACUACAACCUGGAGGUGAAGAAGAACAUCCUGCUGGAGGAGCAGCUGAGGAAGGUGUGCGAUCAGUUUGGCGUGACGCCUGAAAUGCCCAGCGUGUCCAUCAGUUAACACGCGGUUGUCCAGACUUUUUAACUACGAGUUUGCUGCUGUUCUAAUUAUGUUCUGGGUUUUUUUUUUUUUACUGUCAAAGUCAGCAGAAACAGCCAAGCAGCACUUUUUUUUUUUAACUGUUUUUGUUUUUUCUCCAACAGUGUGUUAUUACAGAGUUAUAGUUUUGUAAUUAUUUAUAAGGAAUUCCUCUGUAUUUUCCAAUAAAAACAAGAUCAUUUUGAAUGGUCAGAAUUGUCCUUUUAUUCAUCACAACAGAAGAUUGUAUGUACAGUAUUUACAAUAACACAUUAAAGUCAUGCACUUCUUUUUCAAA